AUGGAAAAACUUUCGUCAGUCUUGUCACUAGAUUCUGUCAAAAUCGAUAAUAUUUCAUCAUCGGAAGGACGCGUGGCGAAUGUAGAAGGCAUAGGAGGUGUAGAAGGUGUAGGAGGUGUAGAAGGUGUAGGAGGUGUAGGUGGUGUAGAAGGUGUACGUGGUGUAGAAGGUGUAGGAGGUGUAGAAGGCGUAGGAGGUGUAGGAGGUGUAGGUGGUGUAGAAGGUGUACGUGGUGUAGAAGGUGUAGGAGGUGUAGAAGGCGUAGGAGGUGUAGAAGGCGUAGGAGGUGUAGAAGGCGUAGGUAUAGAAAGUAUAGGAGGUGUAGUAGGAGGUUCUUUCUUAG